AUGCGGCUGAUUGAGGUUGUGGCAUCUAGUUCUGAGAAGGUGUCCGACGAAAACCUGACAGAUGCAGAUUUUGCCGAUUCGGCGCUGCAUGCCGCUCAAGUGCAAGAGUCUACAAAUUCAGAUAGCUUGACACCAGUCGAUAUGCAGGCAUUCUCAUCCAGUCCAGCUGCACCCCGCCGCAACAGCAACAAUGUCAGCAACGUACUGAGCAAUAACCCUGGUUUUGAGCAGGGGUACCCUGGCUCACUGGAUGAUUCGUGGUUGUCACAUGGUGCUAUGACCGCCCCUGGUCGCCAGCCUGUGAGCGAUUUGGAGGCGGUACAAAAGACGAUUUGUUUGGCGACCGAAAUGAAUUGUGAUCCAGUGGUGAUGUUGGAGCUUAAUCGAAUGAAAACGGAGGUAACCAAUCCUCCAACACGGCGACUACUAUAA